AUGUCGAACACCAAGCUGCCUGGUGACUUUAUGUGGGGCUUCGCCACUGCAUCGUUUCAAAUCGAAGGAUCGACAUCUGCAGACGGCCGCGGCCCGUCCAUCUGGGACGAUUUCUCUCGCAUUCCCGGCAAAACGCUCGAUGGCGGAAACGGAGACGUGGCCACCGACUCGUACCGCCGCUACAAGGAGGACAUCGCGCUUCUAAAGUCCUACGGCGUUCAGUCUUACCGCUUCUCCAUCGCCUGGAGUCGUAUCAUCCCCCUCGGAGGUCGGAACGAUCCCGUCAACGAGAAGGGCAUUAAAUGGUACUCCGACUUAAUCGAUGCCUUGCUGGCUGAAGGCAUCGUUCCUUUCGUGACACUGUACCACUGGGACCUGCCCCAAGCCCUCCACGACCGAUACGGGGGAUGGCUCAAUAAGGAAGAAAUCGUCCAAGAUUAUGCGAACUAUGCCAGGAUCUGCUUCCAAGCGUUCGGAGAUCGCGUAAAGCACUGGCUGACCAUGAACGAGCCAUGGUGCAUUGCCAUCCUUGGCUACGGGCGCGGGUACUUUGCCCCCGGUCGGUCAUCUGACCGUAAACGCUCUCCUGAAGGAGACUCGACGACAGAACCAUGGAUCGUCGGUCACAACGUUAUCCUCGCUCACGCGCACGCGUGCAAGGUAUACAGGGAGUCAUUCAAGGUCACGCAAGGUGGUCAGAUUGGCAUCACAUUGAAUGGCGAUUGGUCCAUGCCCUAUGACGACGAUCCGGCCAAUAUCGAGGCCGCUCAACACGCCUUGGACGUUGCCAUUGGUGAGCUCGACUUCAGGGAUCCGAUCUACCUCGGCCAUUACCCGGAGCACAUGCGCAGGAUGCUUGGCAGCCGUCUUCCCGAAUUUACCGCGGAGGAGAUCGCUCUCGUGAAGGGGUCGUCUGAAUUCUACGGCAUGAACACCUACACCACCAACCUAAUCAUCGCGGGCGGUGACGAUGAGUUCCAAGGCUUGACACGCUACACCUUUACCCGGCCCGAUGGUUCGCAGCUGGGAACGCAGGCUCACUGCUCGUGGCUCCAGACAUAUCCCGAGGGAUUCCGUGCUCUUAUGAACUACCUGUAUAAGAAAUACAAGAAACCGAUAUAUGUCACCGAGAAUGGUUUCGCCGUCAAGGACGAGUCCUACAUGUCGAGGGAACAAGCUCUCGCCGAUCAUGAUCGCGUUGAGUACUUCCAAGGAAACAUGGAGGCUAUGCUCGCCGCUAUCGUCAAGGACGGCGUCGACGUCAAGGGCUACUUCGGCUGGAGUCUCUUGGACAACUUUGAAUGGGCCGAUGGUUACGAGACUCGGUUUGGCGUUACCUAUGUCGAUUACGAGACGCAGAAGCGAUACCCCAAAGACUCUGGCAAAUUCUUAGCGAAAGUAAGGUUAAUCCUCACCCUCUGCUGGCAAUCCAGUAACACCAUGGCAGUGGUUUAA